AUGGAUGCCGCAGUAUCACAAGGCAGCGUAUUGGGACCAUUGUUGUAUAUGAUUUACAACUAUAACAAUCCCUAUCUAAAUGACGACAGCAUGAUUGUUACCUUCGCCGACGACACAGUAUUAAUUACGUCUGACAGGAAUAUAAAUGUCGCUUCAUCGAAGUUACAAAAUCUAAUUGACACAAUGUUGACUUUGUUUCGCAAAAUGGCGAAUCCAGAGGCCUGUCACCCUUAUGAACCGUUCAAGUGUCCCGGUGAUGGUAAUUGCAUUUCAAUUCAGUAUUUAUGCGAUGGCGCGCCCGAUUGCUCUGAUGGCUAUGACGAGGAUUUGCGACUUUGUACGGCAGCUAAACGCCCACCUGUUGAGGAGACUGCCUCUUUUCUGCAAAGUCUAAUUGCUUCACAUGGCCCCAAUUAUUUGGAAAAGCUGUUCGGCAGUAAGGCACGUGACGCGCUCGCUCCCUUGGGUGGCGUGGAGAAAGUUGCCAUAGCCUUGAGCGAAUCACAGACGAUUGAAGAUUUCGGCGCAGCAUUACAUUUAAUGAGAUCUGAUUUGGAGCACUUACGAUCAGUUUUUAUGGCUGUUGAAAAUGGCGACCUUGGAAUGUUGAAGUCCCUGGGCAUCAAAGACUCCGAACUGGGCGACGUAAAGUUCUUUUUGGAAAAAUUAGUGAAUACCGGUUUCCUAGACUGAGUGGCGCCAGAUCCCGCUUCUGGAUUUUAUUAUGCACACGCACAACCAAUCAAUCCCAGCUUCUAUUCGUACUUAGGCACACCCUACGACAACUACAACUACUAAGCAAAUGGUAGUGGCAGAAUAGUAGAGUGACGCUCGAUUAACGAAUAAGAACCGAACAUUCAUAACGCAUACAUACAAACACACACAGAAUACAAAUAAACAAAGAAGAAAAAUACAAAACAGUUACAAAUACAAGCAGAUACGGUGCGAUGACAACAGCGAAAACAGACGAAGAAAAAUAGAACACAAAUGAAAAUAGUAGUUGAAAUAAUAAUUUUUUCUCAAAUUUUAAAAGAAAGGUAAAAUAUUUCAAAUGAAACUUAGUUUUUUUCCUAGGUUUACAUUGUUUUAUAUUUUAUGUAAUGUUUUUUUAAGUACGUCUGCAAACUUUUUAUAGAAAAGAUUAAGGAAAAUAACAAAAAAAUUGCAAAAACUUAUAUGUGACCAAAAAAAUCUAUCUCAUUUUUUCUUGUGAAUUCAAUCAAAUAAAAUAAAAAAUAUGUGACGAAAGGUGGGAGUAACGGAGUAAAGGCAAAGAGAAGUUGAAGAAGUAGAAGUAGCAAUGUUAAUGCGUAAAACCAAAACACUUUUAAAAGAAACUCGUGGAAGUAGUAUAAAAUAGUUUGUAAAAGAUGUAUAAAAAAAUACUUGAAGUAAAAAAACUAAAAAUUCAAAUUGACGUAGUCACUUGAUUUACUGCUAUCUACGUAAAUAUAUGUAUUCGUUAAUAUUAUUUUUGCGCAAAAUUUUAACACACUUUGCUAAAUGUUGCUUUAUGUUAUGCAAAACAGUGCGCUAUUUUGAAAAUUUAAAUUUGAGAGAAAAAAUUAAAUAAACUAACAACAACAAAAGUAUGAAAAAUUCAAUGGUUUUCAGUGGUAUCUCAAUGUGUACAUUACAAUUCAAUCAUAAAAAUAAUAAAAUGUGGAAGCAGGAUCUAUGAGAACAAUGAAAAAAAAAAUACAUAUAUAAAAAACGUAUAAAAGGCAUAUAUGUAAAAAUAUAUAUAGCAAAUUUUAAAUGAUUUAAAAAUAAAAAAAAUUAAGACUAAAGCAGCAAAAAGCAUAUGUAGAACAAAACAAGAAAAUUAUGCAAACAAAUAGCGCAAUGAAACCUAUCCAAGGCUUGCAGUGUGCAAACUUCAAUGUAUUGCAAAAAAACAAAACCGAUAUGAAAAAAUGAAAAUUAAAUAAUGCAAGUACAACUUAAAAAAAAUAAUGAUUAAAAAAAUACUUCUAAUGUUCUAUUCGACUAUUUAUGAGCAUAACUUGUGUCGUACAAUCUGUAUGCAUAUAUUGUAUUUCAUAAUGGCUAUCAGUAAAUACCUUCCAGCUAAAGAAAAAACAAGCAAACUUUUUAAAUGAAAGAAUUAAAUAAAUUUACUAUUUUCUUUAUUUUUUUUUAAAGCAAAACCCUCGUCUAACUUAGAAGGUGAAUAAUAGUGAAGAGGGACUAGACAAAGAAGCCUUUAAAUUUUCAGAAAAAAAAUUAUUUUAUUAAAUUAA